CUGAGCUUCCCCUUGGCUUGGCACAGAAAACAAUGCAACAAUCUACAAGUGAUGUAUCCACACCAAAAGCCUCGUACUCUGAGGCUCCAAUACCAAUACCUAAAGCAGGCCUCAGUCUCAGUCAAAGCUCCAUCCCCAAACAGAGGAACGUCACCGCCAUCUCAGCAAAAAACUGGAUUCAAAGACAGGACCAAAACUACAGCUGCACCGAAGGAAGCCCAAGCAGUCGAACCCUCCACGAAGUCAGCGACAUCAACUGCAUCUUCAACUGACAAGAAAGCCAUUAAAACAGAGACAUCCCCUUCAUCCGCUGAGCCCAAAGCAGCCCCGAAGCUAAAAGGCCUAAAGGGUAAGCUCAGCGGAUGGUCAAGGCUCAAGAAACACAUGGUUGUUGAGCCAGAGGAACCUGAGUUUCCACAGCUGGAGCCCAAAUCUCAGGUCGAUUCCAGUGGCAGCAACGAGAAAACAGAUCAAGGUGAUGAUGAUAAAUCGUCAGCAGACCAAUGUGCCAAUCAGGAGGUGGUUACGAACAAAGAAGGUCCCAAAGCGUUGAAGAUGUGGGACGCCCUCCUCUUUCAAAUGUUCUCUACCAAAGACCGAAUCAUGCACCAGAUCAACACCAGCAAGAAAGAUUCAGAAGACAAAAAGGCCCCUAAAGAAUAUCAAGGAGAGGUUCCCUCUUUUGUCAAUCGCCUGCCAAUUUUGUUGUACAGCCCCCGUUUUGAUGCCAGGAAGCUUAAAGAGGCAGCGGAAAAACCACUCACAAAAAUAGCAGCAGUGUUUGAAAAGGGGCUGAUAAAACGCAAAGGCCAGGAAGAUGAACAAAAGGACUUCAAUAGGAAAGCCAGAGGAUUCGGCUCGACGAAGAAAACAGAUAUGUAACUUGAUAAGCAAUGUGUGCAAAUAUUGUGUUAUUCAGCACAAAAUAGAGAGGUGCAAUCUCAGGUAGGUGAGGGAGCCUCUGAGAAAAUGAAUAAUACGAGAGAAUUUGGAAGUAAAUAGACAUCCACAUUUGUGGAUUUCUGCAGAAUAGCUGAAGUCAAUUUUAAAAGUCAAGGCUGCUGUGAAGAGGUAGAUUAUUCUUGAGGGGAAAACAGAUUUAAAGUGUCAUUGAUUACUGCUUAAUCACCAUCUACCUGACCCAAUACUGGAGUUAGAACUUAGAGCUUAGAAUGCAAAGAAAGUUUUACUAAAAGAAAAUUCAUCCCAAUGUCAAGUAAGUACUAAUAUUGACAUAUAAUGACAUUUUCAUCAGUUGUGGUUAUUUAAGAUGUAUGAUACAGUAUAGUGUAUAAUUUAGCUGUUAAAGGUCUAUAAUAGUUUAACGGUAAAAUAGGUGUGGCAUCUUUGCACUUUUAAUAAAUCAUACUAGGAUGUGAGUUGACAAGAAAGGAAAAAUAUAGGGCAAAGAAAGAAAGGAGCCUUAUAUACUUUGCAACUCUACUUGAUUAGAUUUUUCUUUUUUCAUGACAGCCUAUAUGUAGUGUUGAAUGCAUGCACUGUAGAUAAUUUGAUAGAUAAAAGAUUGUUUCAUUUGUCACGCUGUACUUUUUUCUAUUUUUCUAAACAAAGGCUUUUAGUGUACACCGCUGAUAGGCAGUGUUUAACCUCUGUGAUAAAUAGGGCUUUUACAUUCCUGGAACAAUGGAACAGAUGGAAUUUGAAAGAAGGAAAACAGAGAUGGAUGAAGGAUGAAGGUCUGGUCAAAACAGAUUUAGGUUUCUGCAAGUCAGGUAUGGAUGGAAAUAAAGUGCCGGAUGUCUGGACUUUCGAUCAGGGCAGGAAACUACAACCAUGCAGGUUGGUACGUCCUGGGGCUGCGCAAUGUAGAAGAAUAUAGGUUUAUAGAUGCUUAGGUGAUUUUUGUUUGUUUCUUGUGGCUCUUGGGAUGGCAAUGUUGGAUCUGUUGAUCACUUUGUUCUUCCCUGUAAUAUCUCAACAACUAUUGAAUGGAUUGCCAAUAUAUUUUGUACAGACAUUAAUGGUCCCUAGAGGACGAAUCCUGCUGACUUUCCUUGUCUGUACUUUGUGUUUGGUGCUAAUUAGCAAAUGUCACCAUGCUAACACAAUAGACUAAGAUAGUGAACAUGUAAACUUUAUACCUGUGUAACAACAGCAUGUUAGCAUUGUAACAGUGAGUUAACAUGCUGAUGUAAGCAUUUAGCUAAAAGCACUGUUGUGUCUUAGUACAGCCUCAAAAAGCCCAUUAGACCACACAGUGAUGGGAAGUCAGACUGUAAUCUCAAGUGGUAGAAAACUAACAUUAUAUUUGCUUUUUGGUGUUAUUUGAGACCAUCAUGUCAUGCAUUGCCCAGUCCCACGUCCCAGAAUCAAAUUCCUGUUUUGUAAUUUCACAGGAUUUUGUCAGAACUCACUGCUUUUAUAAUUUGAAUGAUGUUAAGGACUGAUGAUAAAGGGCCAUACAAAUAUUUCCAGGCAGAAAGCGUAGCGACCAUGUUGGUGGAUACUAAUUUCCUGCUUUGUAGUGUAAUGUCCAGGACUUCAUUACUCAGUUAUUACAAUUUUACUGAGUUUUGGAUGUAACUAGUAUGUAGAAGUGAAGACCAAUGAAUGGAAAUGAAGUGAUAGCUGGAGACGGACAGAUAUCAGAUGAUGAGUGUGAUGUUUCACAGGUUUGGAGGAUUCUGCUGUUGUAGCAGAUAUUAGCACGUUGUUGUUUUGUCCCUAUAUUGGAUUUAAAAGAUGACCACCAAGAUGUGGAAUUUAUUUUAGAUGAGGGGGGGCUUUACCCCUAUGAACUAACCACUGCCCCAUUUAGUACACUGAUGCUUAAACUAUAACAUAUUUUGUUUACUGUGUGAUUCUCAAAAAUGCAUAAAGUUGAAUGUGGAACUCU